AUGGCAGCGAUUGGAGGUUUUCUAUUUGGAAAUGUCGAUGAAGAAGGUCAUUUGGAAGAUUCAGGGCUUGGUGAGGAAAUUCGUGAAUCUUUGCAAAAAGGUGCUGAAGAAGGUGCUGUGCUAAGUCAGAUUUUCUCGGUCCGUUCAUUGGGAAUUGAAAUUGACGAUGCCGCUGUUGAAAGUGAGGCAUCUGCACAUACACCAACAUAUGCACCAGGAGAGUCUAGCACUAAACAUGCUGACGGCGCUGUUGACUACUCUGAGUCUAUGGAAGUUUACACGGAUGAUCCAGGUGAACUGGUGUUUACAGAAACACACUAUCAGCAAGGCUUAAACCGUGUCAAAGAGAGUAUGCAAACAUUGGGCUUACCGUCUCAGCAAGCUUUCAAUUUUGAUGAAACAAGCUGCUAUAAAACUGAAGAUACUCAUAUGCAUGGAGUAUCAAGUCUUCCUAAAAAUGGAUUGGAAUUUCACACUCACUCUCAGCAUAAUGUAGGAAUACCAAUGGCUGGUGCGCAACCAUCUACAAACGAAAUGUUUGACAUGAAAACUUUGUAUCCUGCGUUCGAAAAGGACAAGAUCUUAAAAUUUUCAGAUUUAUUUGCAACAAAAAUUAAAAACCGAAAGUUGAACCCUUUGAGCAGACACGAUGAGACACAGUUACAAUUUAACUUUGAGGUAGAUGAUAGAAAACUAUUUGAAUCAUCUCAGCAACUCCUUAUUGAGGAACCAUGCCUCGAUGACAACGUUGAAAAUAAAGCUAUUAUCAAGACACCUACUUCACCUAUGAGUCAAAUUUCAGAAAGCAAUUAUGAGAACGAUGAUGUUGAUUUCAAGCUUGAUGAUGAUAAGCAUAUACAUGAAAUAGGACAAUCAUUUUGGAAAGUUCCUGGUAAUCCCAAUACUUAUUAUUCCAUUACAAUGAGCACAUGGGAAGAUAAAAUUUCAUGGGAUAGUGACGGUGACGAAGUUGGCGACGAAUCUGCUAGUUCAAGUGAUGAAAAAGUGCUUAAGUCCAACAUGCCUUUCAGUUAUCGAAAUACUGAGUUCGAAAGUGGAGAGUGGCUUAACUCUAUAAUAUGGGACGAUCAUAAAGGCUUGGCUCCUUUUGCCAAAUUAACAUUAGAUAUGAAUGAUCCGAAUAUGCUUUUCAAUUAUUCUAUUAUUGACUUACCAACGAUAAAUAAUCCUGAUUCACAAGGCCAAUACGACGUUAAAAAAAUCAGAAAAUAUUCUCCUAUGGAGAUUGAUAAACCAUUAAGCUCAGAUGCAUAUAAAGCUGUUGCUUUUGAUGACAGUCUGCCUUAUGAUGCGUCUUUCGAUAGUGAGCAAAUAGAUUUUAAAAGACGGCUCAAUUCUGGACAAAUGUUUGUGCACCAUUCUUUGCCAGCUCUUCAAUUACACAUUCAAUAU